GUGAACGACGAAUUUUAUGUUGCGUUCGUAACACUGGGAAUUUUGUCUUCCUUUAGUUGCAUUCACAAUGGGUUUGGAAUCGGGAAAAUUUGUCUUAAAAAAAAGGGUACCGCUUACAACGCUAGGUAACUUAAGUAAUAUUACCUUUUUUUUUUUUCCAAAUAAAAGUUUUUUUAUUUGGAUUUUUUUCCGCUGUCAUUAAAUCAAACAUACUCACAGCAAUGCAUGUGUCGCGUUUCUAAUGAAAAAUAGAUUAUUUUUUAUUGCUUAUUGUUAUUUGGGAGUUUAAAAAAACUACAGUGUGCUGACGUGCUCGGCUUAAUUCGACACACAAAUUGGAAAUAAUGACGUUGACUCAACACGCUUCUUUUUCUGUCCCCACGUCCCAGUCGUUUCCUUUUUAGCUGAGCAUUUGGCGUCCUUUUACAAGUAGCGGAAAGCGUGACGUUAACGUUACGCCUUGGAAAACAAGUGGGCGGAGCCGCUCGGAGUGGCGGAUUAACGCCGAUUCUUUAACGCCUCUAUGUUUAAAAUAAAGAGAAAGUGAAAGCGGAUUUUGGGUGCGUCACCCAGUCAGCGACCCCCUAAGGGAUUCCAGUCCAAGACUGGAGAGUUCUAUGGUCAGAAGCUGAACGUUCGAUCCUGAGGUCCAACUCGAUGGUGCCUGCACCAGGACGUCAGUGCACCUGGCUGGGUCAUUGGUGUUCCCCCUCCCUUGAUGGACGCAAAAGAGGAGAGCACACCGGGGUCUGAGUGCGAGGCGGUGGCCACCAAGAGGGGCACCAAGAGACGGCUGAAGAACCGAGACGCUGCCCGGAAGAGCCGCCAAAAACAAACAGAAAGGGCGGACGAACUCCACCAGGAGCUCCUGACUCUGGAAGCUUCGAAUUCCGCCCUGGAAAAGGAAAUCAAAGCGUUAAAAAAAGAGAUCCGUCACUACAACAGCGCCCUGGAGCGCCACCGGCCCUUUUGUGUCCUCCGAGGUUCCGUGCAGGUGGACGCCCUCCAGACUUCCACGUCUGUCACCUCCAAAGCGGAGCUUGGUGAAAACCCUCAUCCAAUGCCCUCAUCUGAUUUAGUCCCUUCCUCCCUGUUUACACAUGCUCCUCAUUCGCUGUUUAGCAAUGACGCCCACAUAGAAUUGCCCUCGUCCACCUUCUCCACGCUUCACCCCGAAGACAUCCUCUCAGUCACAUCUGAAAUGUUCCCCGUUGAAGAUCCAGGAGCGCCGCCGCUCGACCCGCAUAAAUACAAGAACGCUUUAAUAUCGGCGCAGACCAACGGCGAUGGGACCUUAAAGCCGAGUCAGAUAACGCCAACACUCAGGUCCCUGCCGUGUUCGAUUCCCGUUCCGCCCAACACUCCAGACGGAUUUUUCCCUUUAAACACACCUUUGGUGGAGCCGUACCCGGAAGAGCUGUCGCUAUCUUCCUUCCUGGAGGAAAAUGAUUGGAUUCUGAAUGCGGACAAUAAUUCCACCACUCUUUAAGUUCAACCAAAAAAAAAAGGUCGUGGUGGUCUUUUGUUUGGCCUAAGUACCCGUGGAAACUACAGGAUUAUGACAUGGGGCCCUCUUUACUUUCACUUGUGUUCUCUUGUGUUAUUUCCUUUUUUCAAGAGGGGGGGGGGGGCAGGGGACACAUUCUAUGUUCAUUUGCAUAUUUAUUUAUUUAAUCUCAAUGAGUAACAUUGGCUGUCAACUGAUCCACUGAUUUCACAGUUAUUUUUUGGUGCAAUUUUCGCAAAGCAGCUAUUGUGAACUAACUAAAUGAAGAGUAAUAAAAAUGGCUUGAUUAGAAAUA